AUGGCCGAAGUCGUGGGCCUCGCAGCUAGCAUCAUUCAGAUCGCGGGGGCUGGAGCCAAACUCAGCGUCACAUUAUACAACUUCACGAGCUCAGCUGCCCGAGCAGACCAAGACAUUAGAGACAUCGCCGACGACGUAGAACUCACUUCCAACGCGCUCGAAAGCGUAGGAAGGGUGUUUGAGUCUGAAGACACAAAGUCGAUCAUCUCGAAGAAAGCUGUCCAGGACGCCCACAAUAUCAUCAAAAGAUGCCAAGGCGUUUUCGACCAACUAUCGGAGAUGGUGGAGAAGAGAAGAAAGACAGAAAAGGACGGAAAGAAGACCCUGAGUAUGAUGGGUAAAUUGGCAUGGCCGAUGAAAGAACAGCGGGUUGAAUUACAUCGGAAGAGGCUAGAAAGCUUGAAGAACAGCCUUGUACUCUUGUUGCAUGUGUUGCAAUUGGCACAAGGCCAGUCGCGAGGCAAAAUGGAAAAGAGCGUCAUGGAAGAAGAGCGCGACAAGAUCCGUGAACUGCACCAACGGCAGCAGGACUCAAUCAAAAGCCUACAAGCUCUAGAAAGCAGAUUUUGCGGUGUUGCAAUCGACGACGAAGAGACUCUCCAAGGAUCAAGCAACGCUUCCUGUGUUCCAACACUGGAGCUCAUGACUAACGCUCAAACCAUGAAACUGCCACCUCUGGAGGAGCACAUAGAGUCCCAGACGAGCACUCUCACUAUCGAUAUCUCUGCCACAGACGAUUCCGAUACCUCCGACAGCGAUGCCACAAUGACGGACGAAGACGAUGAGCAUAUAUCUAGAGAGGAACUAUCAAAAGCGGCGAAGCACGUUACAAAACUGCUCAGGCGCAUUAUAGUGCUUCAAAAGAGCCUCGAAAACAACCAAGAACCCCAUCAGAAGCGACGCGUACGCAAAAUCUACCAACGCUUCUGCCGCAAAUUUGAAUCAGGUAUCAAUGUUACUCAAGCUAUGGGUCCAUCAAGGUAUGGGUCUCCGGCCACACGGUCUUCGAACCAAUACAAUCACGCGUUGGAUUUGGGUGACAUGGGAGGGGGCGCUCUAGAGAACUUUGACUUUGACAGUUUUCUUCAUGUCGGGUCUGAGAGCCCGCCGUUUCCAGUAGUGCCUGAGCAGCAGCAACCAACGUCACCGCUUCCACCACGACGACACCUAAACGAACCGCAACCAGAAGACUUUCAAUCCGAUUCCAAUCGCGCUCUGCUCAAACUUAAAGGUAGCAUACCUGUACAACAGUCCGACACAGCCUCGGACAAGUCUAAAGAAUCGAUCAUCGAAAAGCCAAAGCGCAUAGGUAGCUGGGGUCGUCCGAAGUCGCCUCGAAUUAAUACGAACCUAAGCAAUUACGGAAAAGAAGCAGAGCCGAGUAGUUCUAUAGGUCUAUCUGCAGCUGAAGGUCCUAGAAACGUUAUUAAACGCAGCCGGAGUAGGAGUGAUAUUAGUCAGUCGCCAGGACUAGCUGAGCUGAUGACACAGCAUGGAGGCCCACCUAUGUCUAUGCUAGCCGUACCAAAGAUGAACUCCGAAGCAGUUUCCUCUUGUGAUGCGCGCUUCCAGAUCCCUGGUUUCGUCGUACCGGGAGCCUACUUCAGCCCGGUUACAUCACCCGCCCUUAAUGCCCAGAGCCAUCAGUAUGUACAUCAGCAGUCGCAGAAAACGACGUCUAGGAGUUUUACUAGACAUUCGCCCAUCGAUAUAGAUAUGUUAGGUGAGCCUGCCAUAGUUCUACACGAGCAAGGACGGAGGAGUCUACGGAGUACCAACAAAAGGAACGCACCACGGACAAAUGCCAACGGUCACGUACGACAGUCCCCAAUUGUGAAACCCAGCCGGCGAAAAGCAAAAGAGGGAUCACGAUUUGAAGAGUUUGAUGGAGGAAGGUUACCUGAAGACGAAAGUCUAAUGACAAGAUCAUUGAGAAGCACCCAGAAGCGGAAGCGGUCGCGUCCCACUGUGCCAAAUGCCGUUCGUCAGUGGAACACUCACACCCAGGAGACAACAUCGAUUCCAGACGACAUGCACGACCCAGUGGUGCGCCCUCCGUCGGACGAUAAGCUGGAGCAAGAAGCCGACCGUCCUCGUGAUAACAAGAUACGACGUAUAAGAAGUACUCUAGAUGUUGGUCUCGAAGGCGCAUACAGUACUUUAUCACACAGGGAGAAGAAGAGAAAACAGAUAUUCGGGAUCGAAGAACCCUUUGACCCAGGCGACCGAGACGUCGUUGAUGUGUUGCUUGAGCAAUGGACGGUACCAGAGCAUUGA